GUGACGUCACCGCGGGAGGGACGGACGGAGGACGCACGGCCGGACGGGGGGAGGACCCGGCGGGGCGGGGCGGGCCGGGGCGGGGGGCGCUGCCCGGGGCGCGGCGCGGGGGCGGGUCCAGCCGCAGCCCGGAGUAGGCGCCCGCCCCCCCCGAGUGACAGAAGCGCCCGAGCACCGGAGCUCGCGCUGGGGCCGCAGCCGCCGCUCGCGCCGCCGCCCCGCCUCCGGCCCCUCCGCCGCCCGGUGUUAUGCGGCGGUCCUGAGGGGCGAGCGCAGCCCGGCUGGACCCGGCGCGGCCCUGAGGGGCGACGGGGUCUCGCUGCGCCUCGCCGGCCAAACCCAUGACUACGGCAAACUGCGGCGCCACCGACGAGUUCGACUUCAGGCUGAUCUUCGGCGAGGACGGGCAGCCCGGCCCCGGGCCGCCGCUGGGGCCCGCAGAUCUUGAGUCAGAUGACUGUGCAUCCAUAUACAUCUUUAAUGUAGAGCAGCCAUCAUCCUCUGUCAAUCAGCCAAUUUGUAUUCCUCGCCAUGGACUGCAGUCUCACUCCUCUCCUACAAGAUUUCAGAGUCACAAGAGCUAUGAAGGCACUUGUGAGGUACCAGAAUCCAAGUACAGUCCACUAGGUGGACCCAAACCCUUCGAGUGCCCCAGCAUUCAAAUCACAUCGAUUUCACCCAACUGUCACCAGGGGAUUGAGGCCAAUGAAGAUGAAUUACACACAAAUGGCACAGAAAAUGAGUAUAUGGAAAGGCCUUCCCGGGACCAUCUCUAUCUUCCUCUUGAGCCAUCGUAUAGGGAAUCAUCCCUUAGUCCGAGCCCUGCCAGCAGCAUUUCAUCCAGGAGUUGGUUUUCAGAUGCUUCUUCUUGUGAAUCCAUUUCCCAUGUUUAUGAUGAUGUAGACUCAGAGCUAAAUGAAGCAGCUGCUCGAUUUACCCUUGGCUCUCCUUUGGCAUCACCUGGUGGUUCUCCAAGAGGUCCCAGUGAUGAAUCGUGGCAGCAGCCUUAUGGGUUUGGGCAUGCCUUGUCACCUAGACAGUCUCCCUGUCACUCUCCUAGAACUAGUAUUACAGAUGAAAAUUGGCUGAGCCCUAGACCAACAUCAAGGCCCUCAUCAAGACCUACAUCCCCCUGUGGGAAACGCCGACACUCCAGUGCUGAGAUUUGCUAUGCUGGUUCUCUCUCUCCUCACCACUCUCCAACUCCAUCACCCGGCCAUUCUCCCAGAGGAAGCAUAACAGAAGACACGUGGCUAAACACUUCCAUUCAUAAUGUACAAGGCCUUAACUCUGGGCUUUCACCAUUUCAGUGUUGUACAGAGACUGAUAUUCCUCUAAAAACCAGGAAGACCUCAGAGGAUCAGACUGCCACUUUAUCUGGAAAGAUAGAUAUCUGUCCUGAAGAGCAAGGUAACUUGUCAUCGUCCCUUGAAACUGCAGUGGAUGAUUGCUCUGGAUCUCAGCACACCUUGAAAAAAGACUUGCCUGGAGACCAAUUUCUUUCUGUUCCUUCGCACUUUACUUGGAACAAGCCGAAGCCUGGUCACACUCCUAUAUUCCGCACAUCUUCAUUGCCACCUCUUGACUGGCCUUUACCAAGCCAUUAUGGGCAGUGUGAACUGAAAAUAGAAGUCCAGCCUAAAACUCAUCACAGAGCUCACUAUGAAACAGAAGGAAGCAGAGGAGCAGUAAAAGCAUCUACUGGAGGACACCCUGUAGUAAAGCUGCUGGGCUACAGCGAGAAGCCGGUGAACCUGCAGAUGUUCAUUGGCACGGCCGACGAUCGCUACCUGCGGCCCCACGCCUUCUACCAGGUGCACCGCAUCACCGGCAAGACCGUGGCCACUGCCAGCCAGGAGAUCAUCAUUGCCAGCACCAAAGUGCUGGAAAUUCCACUUCUUCCCGAAAAUAAUAUGUCAGCCAGUAUCGAUUGUGCUGGUAUUUUGAAACUGCGCAAUUCAGACAUAGAGCUCCGGAAAGGAGAGACAGAUAUUGGGAGAAAGAACACCAGAGUGCGCCUCGUGUUCCGCGUUCACAUCCCACAGCCCAGUGGAAAAGUCUUAUCUCUGCAGACUGCUUCCAUACCUGUUGAAUGCUCUCAGCGAUCUGCGCAAGAACUUCCUCAGAUUGAGAAGUACAGCAUCAACAGCUGCUCAGUAAAUGGAGGCCAUGAAAUGGUGGUGACAGGAUCCAAUUUCCUUCCAGAAUCCAAAAUUAUAUUUUUUGAAAAAGGACAAGAUGGACGACCUCAGUGGGAGGUAGAAGGGAAAAUAAUUAGGGAAAAGUGUCAAGGGGCAAACAUCGUACUUGAAGUUCCUCCAUACCACAACAAAGCCAUCACAGCCGCAGUUCAGGUGCAGUUUUAUCUCUGCAAUGGCAAGAGGAAAAAAAGCCAAUCUCAACGUUUUACUUACACACCAGUUAUAAUGAAGCAAGAGCACAGAGAUGAGGUGGAUUUGUCUGCCGUUCCAUCCUUGGCCCUGCCGCACGCGGGCAGCGUCCAGGGCCUGCACUCAAUGCGAGCCCAGCUGCCCUCCCCGGAGCAAGGGCACCCCCAUGACAAUUUGCUGUCUACGUCACCCAGGAGCCUCGUGUGUCCCGUUCAGCCACCCUACGCGGCCAUGGUGACCUCGGCGGUGCCACACCUGCCGCACAUGCAGGGCAGAAACCUCAGUCCGAGCGAAGAGUGUCAUGUUUUGCCUCCUGCCAUGGUUCAGUCUUUUCAGGUAACAUCAGCACCUCCCGUGAGGCCUUCUUACCAGCCUAUGCAGCCCAGCGACGUGUACAACGGACAGCCCGGUCUUCCCAUGAACUCUGCCUCCAGCCAAGGAUUUGAUGCGAUUUCAUUUCCGCAGGACACGGCCGUACCUCAUUUGAUAAAUCUCAGCUGCCAAGCUCUACCGCCGGUGCAGUUCCAUUCUUCAAACCCAGCUUCCGUGUCAGGGUCGAGUCCAGCAGGACACGCCCUGGCACAUGCAGCUCAUUCGGGACAGUCAUCUGCUCACCUGCCGUCGAUGGGAUACCACUGCCCGGGCGCCGGGCAGGGCUCCGUCCCCCCCGCGAUGAGCCGCUCCCUCGGCCAGGCCUCUCCGCAGCUGCAGCAGGUCCCGUACCACUCUCCGAACCCAGCGGCCGCUUCUUCCCCGUCCCCGACAGCUUCCCACCCGCUGGGCCACUCGCCGCUGUCCGGCCCCUCUUCCCCCCAGCUCCAGCCUCUGCCUUACCAAUCUCCGAGCUCAGGACCCGCCCCGUCGCCGCCGCCCGGGAGCCGCUCGGGGCAGCACUCGCCGCAGGCCGCCAGCCCCGUGCUGGGAGCCCUGGGCACGGUGUCACCCCUGGGGCCCCACCCCGUGUGUGACUCAUCUCCCUUUGUACCCGAGGGGGCAGCUGUUCACAUCAAACCAGAGCCUGAAGACCGGGAGUUGAAUUUUCAAACCAUAGGAUUACAAGACAUCACGCUAGAUGAUGACAGUUUUAUCUCUGACCUGGAAUACCAGCCAUCAGGUUCAACAGAGAAAUGGACUCAACAUUCAGCACUCAUGUCCAACUCCUUUGUGGAAAAUCUAGAGGUGAAUGAGAUCAUAGGAAGAGAUAUGUCACAGAUCUCAGUGUCACAUGGAACAACAGUGGCCGGCCAGCCUGCACAUACGUGUCCUGGAUCUCUGGAGACAAGAAUAUCUGAUGGAAUCCAGUAAUGGAUAAGCUAACGACUCAACAUCCAUGAAAACGUCACAGUUUUUCUGAAUAUUUCUUCAUCCUCUUCCUCUUUAGACUUACUGUGCUUCCAACUCUGUGGCCUUUAUGAACUGGAACAGUGGAUCCUUGCAAAGCCCUUUUAGUGGGUUACAUUUUUGAUGUAGAGACAGAGCAUUUUAAUUAUAGUUCCUCAGAUGCUGUAAAGAGACUUCUUAAAAUGGACACACAGAAUCUACACCAGAUAUUUUAACUGUUUUAAAGUUACAAACAAGCUUUGCUUUUUGCAUUUAAAUAGAAUACUUUUAUAUUUUAAGUGCUUCAGAUGUGUGGAGGUGUUAGUUUGCUCUUAUAAUAUUCACAGUCCUGAAUGUGGAAGAUUUAAUGCACAUCUUCAGUGUGCUGCUUGCCCUUAGAGGUAGUAUAGUUUGUAACUGAUGAUUUGUAACACCUUUUGGUCAUUUUGGAAAGCCUUUAAAGCUUCUGUUGUUUCAUUUUUUUUCUUAAUAAGAUCUUCCAGUGGCAAAUUGUACCUGUCAUCUGAAGCCAAUGCCACGGAAGCCAUUGUGUAUAUGAAUACUGUAGUGUUUUCUUUCUUAGGUUCAUAGGAAGCAAAGCCAAAUGUAGAUCUGCACUUGUUUAUAAACUGAAGAUGUUACUUGAUAGGCUGCAAAAAGACCAUUCCAUCAUGAAAGUGUUGGGAUAGAAAUUACAUUCCAAAAUUUAACUUUUAUAACUUUGUGGAUAAUCUUCCUGAUCUUUAUUAGCACAGGCUCCUUCUUGAAAUAGCUUUUUUCUUAGCAAGUUACAUUUGUAAUCAAAUUUGAGCAGUAGGAUUUUAGAUUAAAGAACAGCAACAUCAAAGCCAUGUUAGACACAGGAGAAAAUUUAAUGUUUGCUGAGGAUCUAAAUAUUCCCAUUAUCCCUGCAGAAUAUGGUUUUGAAAUCACCAAUUCAGUGGCAUUCAAGUUUUCAAUGCAAUAAAUCAUUUGAUCACAGCUCUAUCUUUUAUAUGCUGUAUGCCCGACCAUGCCACUUGGAACUCCUGAGGAGAAGACAGUUCAGUUCCUUAAAUUCAGGCUGUUUGUAAAUGUCAGUUUGCUAAAAAGUACUUCACUGUGAAUUGGUGGUUAGGCAGUACGAUGCGUCCAUGUUUAAUUUCAAAGGUGUGAAGCGGGAGCUACCAAAGAAAUACAGAAGAUUCAGCAGCAGCGGUAAACUCCGUGCUGUGCUCUGAGGAUGCAUCUCCCUUAUCCCCAUAAUCUGAUGAAUUUGAAACAAUCUGUUUACAUCAUUACUUAAAAAUCUCUGGCCUUUCCAGUUAGACACUGUGGAGAGGAUCCAGCACGGCCUGUGGAGGCCACAGCCAUUUCCCUGCCCCAGGAAUCACUCAUUUACAGAGCUUCCCUCCAUGGAACACACAGGGUAUACCAGUCAUGGCAAAGGAAGGUCAGCACUUCAUGGAACCUCAGAACAUACAAGGUGUUCUUCUUAGUUGCUCAUUUGGGUGAGCCAUGACAAUCUAACAAAAAUUAAGAGUGAAUUAACUCAAAGAAUUAGAAAAUUGGAAAGUAUAUUUGCAUUGGCUCCAGAUCAGACAAGCGUAGCCAUUUUAGCAGUUAACACAUGGGGAGCACAUGGCCUUUGUAGACUUCAAAUGAAUGAAGGGGUCUGACAGUGGAGAGCAGUGCUGAGUUAUAACACCUGGGAGAGCAAACACAGCUUCUGCUGAUGUUGCAUUUUGGCAAACAGUGGUGGGGAAAACUUUCCAUUGAGCCUUUUGCAGGCAGAACCUUACUCCUGGAGAGAAGUCAGUGCCCAAGCAAUACCAUAGCUGUAAUCCCAUCUCUGUACUAGCUGAAUCAUGAACUUUAAAGACCAUAUUAAGAGGGUAAAAUUGUAAUUUUAUCAUGUACUUCCUUUUAAGAGUGCAGCCUGAGGCUACUAACUUUUAGUAUUGUAAUUAUUUCAACCAACUUAAUGCAAGGCCACUAUGUACCUGCUGGGAAUCUUAAGCAUCCUUUUUGUGAAUGUACUGUUGAGUGGUGCAAAUCUUGACAUUUGCAGGAAAUAAUUGGCAGGGCUGGAAUCUGGAAAGUGUGAUAAUGUAAUUGUCCCUCAGCAAUGGUGCUUUACUCUGUCCUCUACUCAUGUAUGUUAAAGAUCCUAGAAAGAACUCACAUGCUCAGAAAUACAUUUACUUUCAUUUUUAACACCUUCAAAACAAACCACACAAUGCUGUAAACUAUGUCAUUGUCUCAGAGUGUGUGCUGGUGGCAAGGCACGUUCCAGUUUUCAUUCAUGUAUUGGGUCUUUUGCAUUAACCAUUGUUUGUAGGAGAAUUCUGGCUGAAAAGCUUUUCAUACUGUAUGGGAUUUAUGCUCCUUUAUCCUGCUGGUACAGACUCUCCUUGCAAGUUCUCCAAGUAGCUGGAAUUCACACUGUACCUAAAAUAUAGGAGCCCAAACAAUCCGGAGUUGCUAUGCACUAAAUUUUCUGAUGCCUUUAAUACCUUGAUGCCUGUAGACAUAGAAAUGCUUUCCUAUUUAAAAAUGAAAUUUAAAAAAAUAUAGCUUUGGAUACUAAAGCAGUUUUGUAUUUGCCUUGUAAAAGCUUCAAUACAAGGGUCUUAAUUUUAUUUUAGCUUGUGUGAUAACGUAGAUAAAGACUGUUAAUCUUGUAUAAUUUUAGUGGUAUAAAAAGCACAUGAUCUCUAUUGGACUAUGCAAAUUUAAUUAAACAGCAGAACCCGGCAACUGUUAAUAUUUUGUUGGCAUCCACUUCCUUGUCCUUAAGUCCUGUCUUCUUCCUGAGUACUUCCCAAAAAUUUUUAAUAACUUAGAUUAUCCUGAAGGAAAGCCUUAAUGAUGAGGUAGCUUUUCUAUAAGGAGGGUCAAAGAUCAAUAUUUGGGGAAAAAAAAAGGGGUAGCAUAUUAACCCAGGGGGACAGGGGUGAGUUCUGAAAUUACCAUUUACUAGGAAUCUGAAUUUCUGUAGUAAAACUUACCUGUUAUCAGGGGAACUGCCACCCUUUUUAAACCAAAGAAUGAAAAAAUGGUUUUGUUCUGAUACAAAGCUUUGAAACUCUAUUUUUGAUACUCAUAAUGGAUGUCAUUCCUUGAGGUUCGGAAAUCGUUCAAAUUGAAGUUUUAUAUUUAAAAAUGUGGGACAAUAAAGAUUAAGUUCUAGAUGUUUACAGAGCCUUGUAUUGUAAUUUCAUGUACAUUUUGUAUUUUAAACAUUUUUGUAAGUUAUGAUUGCAGUGCUACUUGCAGAAAUAAAGGGAAAAACUUGCAUUUAGGCUCUUAAAUCAUAGUGUUCAAAUAAAUAAAAAUAAUGCAAA